CAACCAUGAUGCAUUGCAGCAUCCCGUCACGCACCGCGGCAACUCACCUGUGCACGUGGACGCACCUGUGUUCUCUCGCUCGGCAUGCCUUCACCCAUCCCAGUCACGCGCCUCCUACCCAAGGACCUGUACCCGUGCGUGGACAUCGGAACCUGCAGCAGCCCGCUGGCCCAUCCGGGCCGUGGGUCCACCUUACAGGUCCCGGCUCAGCGGCCGCACGGCAGAGUCACCAGCCGGUUCUGGUCCACCGUGAUCCACUGGGACCAGCUGCGCUCCGUGGUGCCGGUGGGUUCUGGUGGGUUCGGUUCCGUCUAUAAGGCGGAGUACCUGGGAGAGACUGUGGCUCUAAAGAAGGUGAAGAAGAGCUCAAAGAACCAGCUGGCGUCUCGGCAAAGUUUCUGGGCCGAACUGAACGCUGCGCACCUGACCCACAAGAACAUCGUGCGCGUCCUCGCGGCCACCACGUGCGUGCCCGCAGACUUUGAGGUGGAGGACAGCAUCGGAACCAUCCUGAUGGAGUUCGUGGGCAGCCGGAACCUGCAGCAGAUCAUCUACGGAAGUUCGGAGCUGCUGGAGCCGAACCGCUCUCUGAAGUUCUCGGCGGACAUCGCGGACGGGUUGCGGUUCCUGCACUCCCACGGUGUCGUGCACCUGGACAUCAAACCGGCCAACGUGCUCGUGUCCCGGACGGAAGUGUGCAAGAUAGCGGACUUCGGCUGUUCCCUGAAACUGGACCGGGAUCCCGAACUCAUCAGUCCUUAUUUGAGCCACGUGUGUGGAACCUACACGCACCGAGCCCCGGAGCUGCUCCGAGGAGAACCGGUCUCCUCCAAAGUGGACAUCUUCUCGUUCGGGAUCACAUUGUGGCAGCUGCUGACCCGCGAGCCGCCCUACACCGGAGACCGGCAGCACAUCAUGUACUCGGUGGUGGCGCACGGUCUGCGCCCGUCUGUCCAGAGCCACUCGGUGUUCAGGUCCGACUGGGGGCGGCUGUGCGCAACGCUGCUCGGACGCUGCUGGAGCGCAGACACGCGCCUCAGACCGAGCGCCUCUGAGCUGCUGGGUCAGCUGGAACAUCUGGGUCAGCAGCUGGGUCCACACAGCGGGUUUUAAUGUCCAAACCACAGAACCCAGACUAGCACUGGCUCUCAGGUUGCUGCUCGUGGUGGACUUGCUGGGUGCACGUGGGCUGUGGAUACACCCCCACCCUAUAGGUUUCUAUUUAAAUGCAAGAAUGAUUUUAUGUGAUUGUUUUAUACAUGUGAAUAAAAUGAAAUACUCUAGAGAAAAUAACUUCACAGCCUAAUAAAAGCAGCCUUUAGUCUCUGG